UUCAUUCGAGAAGUCAGCGAUGUCGCAAAGAGAUCAAGCACAAACACGAGCAAUGAAGAGCUUGGCUGCUGUUCUCCUCGUAGCGAUCCUGCUCCAGCUCGCCGGCUGCAACCCUCCACCGGACCCGGUGACCUGCACGGAUGGCACGUCCAACUGCACGGUCACCAACACGUACGGCUCCUUCACGGACCGCACCAUCUGCCACGCGGCCAACGUCGUCUACCCGAGCACCGAGCAGGAGCUGAUCGCGGCCGUGGCGGCCGCGGCGUUGGCCAAACGCAAGAUGAAGGUGGCCACCAAGCACUCGCACAGCGGCCCCAAGCUGGCGUGCCCCGGCGGCAGCGAGGGCACGAUCAUAAGCACCACACGGCUGAACCGGACGGUUUCCAUCGACGCCGAGAGGCAGUUCAUCACGGUGGAGAGCGGCAUGGUCCUCCAGGACCUGAUCCAGGCCGCCGCCGCAGCAGGGUUAUCCUUGCCGCACUCGCCGUACUGGUACGGCCUGACCGUCGGCGGGCUCCUCGCGACGGGCGCGCAUGGGAGCGGGCUGUGGGGCAAUGGAGGCGCCGUGCACGAGUACGUGGUCGGUCUGAGGAUCGUGACGCCGGCGCCGGCGUGCGAUGGUUUCGCCAUGGUGAGGGAGCUAGGCGCCGAUCACCAGGACCUGGACGCUGCCAAGGUUUCCCUGGGGGUCCUCGGCGUCGUCUCCCAGGUGACUCUGGCCCUGCAGCCGCUGUUCAAGCGGUCGGUGACGUUCGUGGAGCGCAACGAGUCGGACUUCACGGCGCGGGUGCCCGAGUGGGGCCGUCUCCACGAGUUCGCCGACAUGAUAUGGCAGCCGCAGCACAACAAGGUCAUCUACCGCCAGGACGACCGCGUCGACGUCUCGACGCCGGGCGAUGGCCUCGGCGAGUUGUUCCUUUUCCGCUCCGUCCCCACCGCCCUGCUCGUGAGCGGAAGAGCCAUAGAGGAGCAACUGCAGGAGAACGGCACUGACAUCGCCCGGUGCGCGGCCGAGGAGGAGGGGGCCACGAGACAGCUGCCGGCCUUCGGCUUCACAAACGACGGGGUCUCCUUCACGGGGUACCCGAUUGUGGGGUACCAACACCGCAUCCAGGCGUCUGGCUCAUGCAUCGACGGCCCAGAGGAUGCCCUCCUCUCCUCCUGCGCCUGGGACCCGCGCAUCCGGGGAUCUUUCAUGUACAACUCCGGCUUCAGCGUCGCACUCUCCAAGGCGCCGGCGUUCAUAGCCGACAUGCUAAAGCUCCGGGACCUCAACCCGGACGCAUUCUGUGCCGCCCUCGACGGCAGGGUGGGCCUGGUCCUCCGUUACGUCAAGGCAUCCUCCGCGUACCUCGGCAAGCACGAGGACUCUAUCGAUGUCGACAUCCUCUUCUACCGGAGCCGCACCGACGGCAUGCCGCACGCCCAUGCCGAUGUGGUGGACGAGAUCGAACAGAUGGCGUUGGGUAAGUACGGCGGUCUGCCACACUGGGGCAAGAACCGCAACUUCGCCUUCGACGGUGCGAUCGCAAGGUACCCCAAAGCCGAUAAGUUCCUCAAGGUAAAGAGCAGGUACGACCCGGACGGGCUCUUCUCGAGCGAGUGGACCGACCAGGUGCUUGGUAUCAACGGAACUCCCAACAUCAUCAAAAAUCAUUGUGCCAUUGAAGGACUCUGCGUCUGCUUCAACGACUCACAUUGUGCGCCGGAACAGGGCUAUUUCUGCCGGCCAGGGAAGGUUUACAAGAAGGCUAAAGUUUGCUCCUCGGAGCAGGAUUAUUAGGGAUGAUGAUACCACUCACACUUCCCAUCAUUCGUCGGCCCUGAAAUAAAUUGUUUUCUUACAGCACCAGCACCAUGAAAUUGUGAUUGUGAUUUGUUUACUUAAUACGAGCAUAUGUAU